CUGCUGGUAAAGCACGUGAUGUACAAGUAUUCAGGUUGAGUGGAGAAACAAGUUGCUGCCACAACAGUUGCAAGUUGUAAUUUAGACAGAGUGGGAAAAUGUCUAUCUGCGAAACUGUUGAAACUGUGCUAGGAUCUAAACCGCUGUCUAAGAUCGGUAUUACAUUGACGCACGAGCACGUACAUCUUAAUUUUAACGAGUUCUACGUUCCUCCGCCAACAAAUUUGCAGAGUUUCCUGGAUGACAAAAUCAAUCUAAAAAAUGUUGGAUUUAUUAAACAGUAUCCAUACAGCAACAAGUAUAACUUGACAUUUAACGACACUGAUUCAGCACAAGCUGUCAUUGAAGAUGUAAAAUUAUUUCGCACAUUCGGGGGUGGAACUAUCGUGGAGAACAGCAGCCAUGGCUUAAACCGCAAUAUCCUUCUUAUGAUAAACAUUAGUGAACAGACCGGAGUUAACAUUCUUGCUGGAACUGGGUAUUAUGUUGCCAAUGUGCAAGAUGUGUCAACUCUCAAAAUGACGGAAGAAGAGAUGUACAAUAUGAUGCGUACUGAAUUGCAAGAAGGUUGCAUCGAUUAUCCUAAAAUAAAGGCGGGAUUCAUCGGAGAAGUUGGCAGUAGCUGGCCGAUCGCAGAUUUCGAGAAACGUGCUAUUCGCGCGACUGCCGAGGUUCAGGAGCAGCUGCAUUGCUCGGUGAGCUUUCAUCCUGGGAGAGACAAGGCAGCACCCUCUGAGAUAAUGCGACUUUACCAAGAGGCUGGAGGAGAUGCUCGCAGAGCUAUCAUGUCCCACGUCGAACGUACAUUACCCGACGUGGAGGAGGUAGUAGAAUUUGCCGAGGCGGUCCAGUGUUAUUGCCAAUUUGACCUCUUUGGCGUGGAAUGUUCUUUCUAUCAGCUUAACCCGAUGAUCGAUAUGCCAUCAGAUGCGCAGCGUGUGAAAUAUAUCACGCGCCUCCAGGAGGAAAAGCAGUUGCAUCGAGUGCUCUUGAGUCACGAUAUCCACACCAAGCAUAGACUGACAUCAUUCGGCGGGCACGGAUAUUCUCACAUCAUGAGUAACAUUGUGCCCGUCUUGAAGAAGCACCUCACGACGGAAGAGAUCGAGUUGCUAAUAGUAGGGAAUCCCAGAACGUGGCUUAGCCAGCAUUUGUGAACGAGUGUCAAACACCGAAACGGAACAUAUCGGUGACGACGAAUGAGACUAAGAAAGAAGAAAGACGCGGGUAAAACACACAGUAAAACAAGUUUACUUAAAUAUCUCGUUGAAAAGUUCAUAUAUUACAACAUCAUACACACAACAUUGUUUUAUAUUAUUAAUCUUUACUGUUCAUUAUAAUAAACUUACGCGCCAAUGAACUUA